GCCCCGCGCCCCGGCCCCCGGCGAGCCGCCGCCCGCCCCGGCCCCUCUCCGCUCCCGCCGCACCGCUCCCUGCUCGUCCCGGCCCCGCUCCGUCGCUCCCUGCCCGUUCUGGGGCCGCUUGGCGGGGGGUUAAUAAACCAGCCGGGCGCACCCCCCCCUUCCCCCCCCGCCUGCCUCCCUCCUCCCCCCUUCCUUCCCCUCCCGCCCAGGCCCUUCCUCUCUCCGCCGGGCGCCGCCGCCGAGGAGGAGGAACAUGGCGAAAGCGGAGCAGGUCCUCAGCCUCGAACCGCAGCACGAGCUCAAGUUCAAAGGUCCUUUCACAGAUGUUGUCACUACAAACCUGAAGCUGGGCAAUCCUACAGACAGGAAUGUGUGCUUCAAAGUUAAGACCACAGCACCACGUAGAUACUGUGUAAGGCCUAACAGUGGAAUUAUCGAUGCAGGAACAUCAAUUAAUGUUUCUGUGAUGCUACAGCCUUUUGACUAUGACCCUAAUGAGAAAAGUAAACACAAGUUUAUGGUUCAGUCUAUGUUUGCUCCAGCUGAUACUUCAGAUAUGGAAGCAGUAUGGAAAGAAGCAAAACCAGAAGAACUCAUGGAUUCGAAACUUAGGUGUGUGUUUGAGCUACCAGCAGAAAAUGAUAAGCCUCAUGACAUAGAAAUAAAUAAAAUUGUAUCCACAAGUGCAACAAAGACAGAUUCCUCUGUAAUGUCUAAAUCAAUAAGUUCUUCUUUGGAUGACACUGAAGUUAAGAAAGUAAUGGAAGACUAUAAGAGGCUUCAAGUAGAAGUUCAGAGGUUACGGGAGGAGAAUAAACAGUUUAAGGAAGAAGAUGGACUGCGGAUGAGGAAGGCACCCCAGACAAACAACCCAAUAUCUGCUUCUGCAGCUGCUGUCAAGGACGAAGGGCUCAGCUCCAGACUACUUGCUUUGGUGGUUUUGUUCUUUGUCUUCGGUGUAAUUAUAGGAAAAAUAGCCUUGUAGAGGCAGCAUGCUGGAAAUUGUAAAUUGGUUUGAUGGUUCUGCCAUAUCAUUGGAUUAAAUUUAUUCAUAACAAUGUUUAAAAAAAAAAUUAAUGUAUGACAUCUCACAGGUCUUGCCUUUAAAUUACCCCUGCACAAAUACUAUGUAACAUAAUCUAGAAGGUUUAAAAUGUACAAUGAGGGAAUGAAUGAAUAUCCUUCAGUAAUGAAAGGGGGGAGAGAAUCAUGAUUUAACACUACAAUGGAAUAUUGUAUAUGUCAUUUUAAACAUUCUUAGACCCUGCUACAUGUUGCUGAAUUACCUCUUUUAAAAAAAAAAAAAGAAAAAAAAAAAGGAAAAAUAGAAAAAAAAAAACCUAUUCCUCCACUGCUGGAGCUGGCCCUAUUGGAUGUUUGGAGCUGGGUUAGGCAGGAGGUGUUGAUAAAUUCUGUAAAAUACGUUAAUCCACCAUUCUGCUCAUAAAUUUAACAGUUUCUGUCAGUGUCUUCAACUCUGUGCAAGUUACCAAUUUCUUGGCACUUAAAUGAAUAGUGAGAAGCUGAAAAGAAUUGUAUGUGGCAAUGCUGAAUGUGCUAGGCAUCGUUAAGAGGCAUAUAUUGACUGGUAUGAUGCUCAUUCGGAAUAAAGGUCAAUGCCUUGUUCUCAUAAAGGGACCAAGCUACAUUGCUGUUGGUUCAUUUAGUUGAAUUGAAGUGUUAUUCAGAGAUGUUUAAUGCAUAUUUAACUUAUUUAAUGUAUUUCAUCUCAUGUUUCCUUCUUGUCACAAAAUUGACUAAUACAAUAUGGUAUGAAAAGGCACCUGUUUAAAGCCAGUGACUAGAACUAAAAAUUUGCUGCUGUAGUGACGCAAGAUUCUUCUGCCUCCUGGUGUUUUGGGCACUACACAAUUGUUGGGAGUUUUGAUCAUCUGAGCAUUGGAGAAACAGUGGUCAGGAAACUGUUUUUGUAUGUAAAUAAGUCUAUCUAGGGGAAAAAACAUUAGUAGUAAACUAGUCCUAUGCCGUAAAAGACCAAUCCUGUUUGACUAUGUAGCAUCUUAAAAAAAGAAAAAAAAAAAAGAAAAGAAAAAUUAAAUAAAGCCCCCAAAUUAAUGUUUCCUUUGUUACUUUUGUCAUGUGCUCACAGUUAGAGGGGAGGAGGAAACAGCGUUGUCUGUCAGUUUAGUUUGUUUAUGGCCUAAGGAGACUUGCAGCCUUGUUUGAGGAUGAUUUUUUUUUUUUCCAGCCUAAUUUUAAAAUCAAUCCAAACCAGCCCAUCGUGAGCCUGAUAGGCCUCAGUGCUGUUCAAGGUAACCACGCUGGCUGCUGAGGGACAAGGUAACUUCCCAUUUUUCAGGUUAGUUUGGUUCAGUAGUUAAGAUGCUUGAUAGCAUACUGAAAGUAAGGGUAAGGUGAUUUUGUUUCUAAGCGUACUUUUAGUACAAAAUACGUAAACUCAGUGUGUUUUAACAUGUGGAACUUCAGUAGAUGAAAUGGCUUUUGAGCAGGUAAAUUCCUGUAUAUUCUGAGAUGGUGGGUCCAGAAACCACUGGCGAUAGAAGUUUUUGCAAGAGCUUUCAGGAUUACGGGGCUUCUUCCAUUCCUUUGUUAUUCCUGUGAUUUCCCAAGAAGGCUGUUUGGGCUGCAGCCUGUCUGCUACACCCGUUGACCUUUCCGUUUGCUCCACUUGUGUCUCAAGGGUUUCCUGCUUUACCAGUGCAGAGCAGCGAAAUUUUAUGGGAGGUUUAAUAAGAAAAUAAGAGAAAAAAAAAUCUUAACUGGUGUGUUCUGCUUAUGAACGCAAAUCUGGAAGUACUUCUAGAAGAUUCAACAAAAAAUGAGAGGUGAAUCUGUAGCAUUUUAAAAUGCUAGUGCCUUGUCUGCUCAGGAGGGAAGUGGCGAAGCAAUGGAAGUGCCUGUGAAGGGCAGAGCAUGGGAGAUGAGCUGGAAAGAAUGAAGCAGUGAGCUCAGCGUGACAGAUUGGGCAGACCUGAGCAAGAAGAUGGUACUUCCUGGGCAGUAGAAGCUAAUGAAAACUUUUACAUGCAACACUUUAAAAAACCUUUUCAGAGAGACAAGGUUGUAAGUGAUGUUGCAAAAUUUAGUUUUCAUGGCUUUGAAGAAUAUGUUUGAGAAAGCCUUUACUGAAGGAGACUGAACUAUGCAGUAUUGUUUUAGGAGGCUGUAAACACCUUGAUGUCACUAAAAAUGAGUUAUCAGAAGAGCUAAAUUCCUUAUUUGCUUUUUUUAAAAAAAAAACAAACAACUUUUUUUGAGUGCCCUGAAAAACAGUUUCAAAAAAGUUUGUUUCAAAAAAAAUUGCUGCCUUUGCAGGGUAAGGGGGGAGGAUCGAAGCUUUAAAUGGGUCUCUUGUGAGUAUAUCUGCAAUAAUGUUUCAGGCAAGCUUUACACACGCUCUUAGCUACCGCAGUUGACUUUGCUGGCUCAGGCAGCUCCCCGAUCAAGGGGAAAUCCAACAGAAUGUCCUCCUUCCGAUGUUCAGUAGUCACUUUGUGAUCUGUGACAACCUGGGACUUGAACAAAGUUGUUCCUGUUGUUUGCACUCCAGGAUUAUAAAGAGGUCCCAGAAAAACACUCGCAUGCUCUGCUCAAUGCCUUACAAGCGCGUGGUUAAGGAGACCAACACACAAAGGACCUUGGUUAAGGAUCUGUUGGUCACAACUACGGACUGCACCCUCAGCCCUAAACAAGACUCAAAUUAACUUCUUAUAUUUUGGAACUUAACAAAAUUCUGAGGUCUUUCCUAAUCAUUGCCGACAACAGCCUGAGCAGACAGUAGCACUGAAUUGUCUGGAUAAUGCGUUGCUUUUCCUGAGCCUAAAAUAAAAUGACUGAUCAGUGGAACCCCUAUUACCUGUCUGUCUGAUGGCACCCUUUCAUAUGCAGCAGAAAGAAAAACUAAGGGUGUUUUUUCUUCCAAGGUUCCUAAAAGGCCAGUCUGUAGAUACAUUGCAAAAAUAUAUUGGAUGGAUGUUCUUAAGCCACCUGGAUCUCUGUAUGUUGUUCCUUACAUGAUGACACCAGAACAAACGUUUUCAUUAAGUGUUCACAGAAAGGGAAUUAUUCUGGAGGGCAUUGUAUAUCUUAGGAAGUUGUGCAUGAAACAUAUAGUUUCUAAAUAAGAUUAUUGUCUGGUGUCCUCACACAACACCAGAUACUAGAAAACUUUAAUUGAUACAUGAUAGUACAAAUCAAGUUAAUCUGAUUAUUGUCCCUGCUGUUCUUCUAAGAUACCCACCUGCGUAUAUGUUUACUGUUAAUUUUUGUAAAAGCCAGCAGAGGCUGCUUAGGUAGUGUUCACUUGGUGGAGCUUUACAGUCCUGUCUUCACUUUGGGCAAAUUUGGAAUAAAUAGGUAUCUGAAAUGUCUUGAAGCCUAGUACUGGGAAAUGAAUGGAAGAUGGUUUCUACUGUUUUCAUGUAGUUAUCCACAUCCUAAAGCAAAUCCUCCCUGCACGAAUGAUCACAACUAUUGCUCUGCGGUGGCGGUUGGCGACUGUGACUGCACAACUCUAACAAUUGCACAUGCAGGCUGGGCACCGCGAUUCAGGUUACUGUGGAAUUGCCGUAGGGAUCAGAGCGCGAUAAUACUGCGUGUGGAGAGGGAUCAAUGUACCGUGCUGGAAUUUUCUAAAAAUACAGGAUUGUAAUAGCGGGACGGUGGUAUUCCAUGUUACUUUUUUCUCCUGAAAUGCUGUUAGUGGGAUAAAGUUGGAACCUCACUUUGAAAAUCGCUUGAGUUUCUUCUCACCAAUAAACUAUGAAGGGUUUCUAUUCGCUGCACAUGUAAACUUGCAAUUCUUAUUACAAUCUUGACUUAGCAUAUUUACACAGUGGUGUGCACACAAAAAUGGUUCGUUAACGUCUUAAGAUACUUGAUGUUGCAGUUGCCUAAUGAAAGAAGACUCUGUCAUCCCUUUUCUUUGGAAAAUGUGAUUGACACUUUCAUCUCUUAAUUGGAAUACUUCCUUAAUUCUUGGGCACGAUAGUGACUUAACUGCAGUAGUCUACGUGAUGUCCUGAAAUGCCGUAUCCUGAGUUCUGUUUUCUAUAUAAAGCAACUGAGAAAAAAACACAGCCCAAAGCCCCUGUAUUUGAAAUUAAAGGCCAUGUAAAGCAAGCUCUCUGAACCGUGUGUUCGCGGUGGCUGCGGUGCAGCUGCGAUAGCGCUUCACAGCAGCGCCGGGGCUGGGGGGCCGCUCGCUGCUCAUCUGGGGAGGGUCGGCACCCAGUGCUCACAUCCCCGCACGAGCAAGUCAAGAAGGGGCAGGGGGUGAGUUAGUUCCAGGCUACGCAUUUGAGAUCUCUUGGGGUUUUUUUGUUCGGUUUUUUUUGAGUCAGAAACACUGAUGUAAAAAGAAGAAAGUAAUCUGUACAGGAGCGAGACUAGUUCAAUACCAUAUGUGGAAGUUACUAUUUCUUAUAAUCAGAUACAUAUCUACAAAUUUAAUCUACUGAUGAGAAAAUACUUGUAUAAAGCAAUGUUUAGGCAUUUUAGAAGGAAAAGCAACUACUGAGCAAGGCUGCUUGCUCGUAUUGGGAUGAAACCUCGCUGUUCUCUAGAUAUACUUGAUGAAAAGAUGACAGUGGGAUACAGUGCUAGUGUAAAUAACCUGCUAGAGUUAGAUAAAUAGUGGGAUUUAUUGUUCAGGCAGGGCAGUGCUGAUCUUCUGGCCGUGUCCAAUUAAGAUGUCCUUGUGUUACGCUGACAGCUUCAUGUGGACUGAACGACUUCGUCUAACGGGCGUCAGUGCUGAAGUGACGUUACUCAUUGUGCUGUUACUGACUUUUAUUUUCAUUAGCUGCAGAAGACAAAGUAACCGUGUGUUUCCACUACUCAGAUCUGCUUAACUAUAGAAUUUGUUUGUUUUAUUAAUGGGUUGUAGAUUAUUUUUUAAAAUAACACAAGAGCCAGCCAGAAAUCUUCACGUAAUACUCUAAUAAGCAUGCAUGUGCACACUUCCAAAAUGACUAUCUGCUUCUCCUUUACUCCACCGUUUCCUGGGCCUUCAUGUCCUUCUGCAGAACCACUGUCACAUUUGUACUUUGAGGAGUAAACCUUCACUGAACUUUCGUGUAGAUCGCUUUUGCCUCUCAGUCCGGGCCCGAGUUUGUCCUGAAGCGUCUGCGUGAGUGAAAACUGCAGAAGGGAACUGCGAGUCUGCAAGCACAGAAACAAGGCUGCUUUUCCUUGAAGCAAACUUGAACUUUGGAUCUUUUCUCCUAUGAUCUGUCAUUAGAAAAUGGCCUUUUCCAGAUGGCAAAACAAAAGAAGUUAAGAAAACAAAUGAAUUAAGAACUAAUUGAAGCCACGUAUUACAAGUUGACAUUCUACAUCUGGCAUUUCUGUUUAUGUUUCUGCAUUGGUACUUUUCAUUCUUAUUUAACGAGUUUCUAAUUUUGUGAUAUCUUUUUUCAAGAUUUUGAAGUGCCUAUGACGACCUGAAGAACAGCCCGUAGUAAAGUAUUGUUUCCAGUUUAGCUGUACUUCAUUUUUUUUAAUCAAAUCUUUUUCUGCAGUGGAUAAACUCACAAGAUUAGAAAAGCCUCUUGAAGUCUCCCUCAUGUUUGAGUUGGCAAGAUUCCCACACAUAAUUAUCCACAUGCAACUACUUUUAAAGGACCUUUAUUAAGGCUGAACCAAGCCAAGCGCUCAGAAGGCAGGCAGGACCUGCUCUGCCUCAGCGUGGCCGCUGUUUGCGGGGAGGUGGCGGCGCGCGCCCAGCCCUCGGCGCGGGGCGGAAGGUGGGCCCAGGGGAGGCUGGCGCCGCCCAGCUCCCUGCGCCUGACCUCCUACCAUAACCUCGUGAGCUCUCUUAAGAUACGUAUAAUUUGGUUUUUAAAAGUUGAACUUGAAAAAUGGCGUUGUGGGUGUAACCCACGUCUGUGUCAGGAUCGAAUCCGUUAUGUUCGUGUACGGACGCCCGGUCGUGGCCUAGGCAUCCGAUGUCGCGGUGAGUAACCUUGAGCUGAAGCAGGAGUUUUUGAUUUCCCUGGGAGGCUGCACAGAAGUGUGAGCACAGCCAGGGAUUUUUGCUUCAGUUUUGAGCCUGAAAGCGUUUCUGUGAAGGCCGCAGCUUCUCCUGCCCAGUUUCUUUUCUGAUCUGUUCUGCCUGAGCUGUCAAAUCUCACUCCGUUCUCCCUCAGCGCUGUGGUUCAACCCCAGUCAUCCUCGUUUGCUCGCUGCUCCUUGGCGCAAAGGAACCGACGUUCAGACGAGCGUCUUUAAAUGGUUUUCCUUCUCUGCUGCCUGCUUAUUUUCCGUCUCGGUCUCUUCCUUCCCGUGCCCCCCCAGUCUCGCCCGCCCGGGCUGCCUGUCCCGGCCACGGGGGUGUCCCUGUGCGGCUUCUCCGGCCCGGCACCCGCUCACCUUCUGCUGCCUCGUCCCUCAAACCUGCUCCUUCCUCCUCUGCACUCGCUGCAGAGUUUGUCACCAUCUCCUUUGUGCCUCCAGCGCUUUGCUGCUGCUCCAGUGUGGCACAUUCGUUUCUAGUCAACAGCAUGCUUUUAUAUUCAGCGUGGCUUGUUCAUCAAAUGAAGCACUAGCUCAACACUGUUAAUAUAUCCAGCAGUGUUUUUAAACUUUUUUGUGUGUUUUGUUUAAGAGUUGUUUGGGAAGUCUAGACUGCAAAAUACAUUCUAAGGCAUUUUACACAGGGGGGCAUGAAGGUGGCUAAUUGGAAAAAUAAGUUGCUGUUAAUUGAGCUGUGAAGAGGAGAUCAGACCCACGACCAUGUUUGUCCGGCAAAGUCAGCUCAUGCUUUGAAUUUCCCUGCCUGCUGAAGAAGCAGGAAAUUGCUGAGGCAACAGGAGUAGCUUAAUGGUAUUAAAGAAGGCACGAAAGACUCCCUGUAGGAAGCGACUAAACGCAUUCUGAGCAUUUGAACGUUAUUUUUUUUUUCUUCUUCUCUGCUUCUUGGAGUGAAAAGUAUCAUAUAAGAAGUGAAUGGGGAAGAGUUUUCCAACUCUUGUGUGCCUGUUACCGCUGACUUUCAGGUACUGACCUGCCACUGCAUCUGUUACCGUGGUUUUUCUUCACAGGUACAAUAUAGAGGUACGUAUUUUACAGCUGAAAGGAAUCCAGUAGUUAUGACUAAUGUUUGGUUGUGUCCCAGACCUGCUUUUCUAAUGCAGCGUUAGACAUGCAACAUGAAGUUUAUUUGGGUUUGCCUCGCUUAUGUCAGAUAAACGCAUCGCAGAAGUAGAAGUUGGUGGUUGCUGUGGAAUCCCGAUUACACUCGAGCGAGGCAUAGAGCCAUGCAAGCUGCUAGUGAAUGUAACUGGUGCUUCAGAAGGGCAGAGCUGAGCAAAUUUCCUAUCAAAUCUGGGAGUGAAGAAAAAAUCAGAUGGAACACUGAAUUAGAAUUGGUGGGUUUCUAAGUGAAAGCUACUAAAUGGGCAAAAUCCCAAGAAUUUUGCAAUCGAGAUGGGGGACAACUCUAGCUAACAGUCCACCCUGUUUCGGUGAUAAAAUGAAGGGAAAAAUUAGAUGUAAAGUAAUACAAAACAAAAAGGGAAGCAGACAGCAAUCAACUCAAAAUGAGCAUUAUGUAGAAAAUUAACACAGAAAGCAAUAGCCAAAGGAAGACAAAAAUGCAUGGGUGGGAGUGCCUGAGGGUGAUGGAGAGCUGAAGUUCAGAGGAAAUCUUUGCGGUAGGACACGGACCGUUACUAGGUGCAGGUGGUAAAACUGCUAGUGAUGAUGUCAGAGAACUGGAAAGGUGAUGUCAUUCAUUAGUAAUGCUUAAUAUUUUUAAAUUCAGUAGGUCUAGAAGCCUCGUGUCAGUAGUUGUAAGGGAGGUGCCUGGGGCAGUCUGUGCCCUGCGGAUGAGGAUGGCGAACGGGACAGGGCUGCCCGGGGACGGGCUUGGGAAAGGAGAUAACGAAGGAGCGUGAUGUGCCUCUUCAUUCUGCCUUUGUUUUUCAGUUGGCUUUGGGAUUAGUGUGAACCGAGUGUAUCUGGGCCCCUGCAAAGCUUGCUG